CCACCUGUCGAGGUGGUCUUACAGGCAAAUGCCAAUCUCGUAGGGGCCCAUCUCGCACAACACUGAUGAAGUCAUCUCCUUCCUCCUCUAACAGUUAAACUCUCCGUCUCUCGAUCCAGAUCCAUUCUCUCUCCUCCGAUCAACAAUGCCACCCUCCCGCAAACAAAACUACGCGACAAGCAGCCUCGUGAUCGGCUACGCCCUCUGCUCCAGCCUCCUCUCCGUCAUCAACAAACUCGCAAUCACCCACUUCAACUACCCCGCCCUCCUCACCGCCCUCCAGUACCUAACCUCCUCCCUCUCCGUCUACCUCCUCGGCAAACUCCGCCUCCUCCGCCACGACCCCUUCUCCCUCCCCACCGCCAAGCGUUUCCUCCCCGCCGCCGCCGUCUUCUACCUCGCCAUCUUCACCAACACCAACCUCCUCCGCCACGCCAACGUCGACACCUUCAUCGUCUUCCGCUCCCUCACCCCUCUCCUCGUCGCCGCCGCCGACACUCUCCUCCGCUCCCAGCCUCCCCCCUCCGGCCUCACCUUCCUCUCCCUCCUCGUCAUCCUAGCCGGCGCCGUCGGAUACGUCGCGAACGACUCCGCCUUCACCCUGACGGCCUACUCGUGGGCCGUGGGCUACCUCGUGACCAUCACCACCGAGAUGGUUUACAUCAAACACAUGGUCUCGAGCCUCGACCUCAACACGUGGGGCUUCGUUCUCUACAAUAAUCUAUUGUCUCUCAUGAUCGCGCCUGUCUUCUGGUUUCUCACGGGAGAGCACACGGACGUUUUAACGGCCGUUAAUUCUAACGGAGGGAACGUGUUCGACCCCGUUGCGUUUUUCGCCGUGGCGUUGUCGUGUGUGUUUGGUUUUCUCAUCAGCGUCUUUGGGUUCGCUGCUAGGCAAGCUAUCUCGGCCACUGCUUUUACCGUGACUGGUGUGGUGAAUAAGUUUUUGACCGUUGUGAUUAAUGUUGUGAUUUGGGAUAAGCAUGCGACUCCUGUUGGUUUGGUUUGUUUGCUUGUUACUAUCUGUGGUGGUGUUGGUUAUCAGCAGUCUGUAACCGUGGUUAAGAAACCGCAUACCGGCAAGGUUGAUGAUGAGUUGAGGGAGUUGAGUAAAGGAGAUACUGAUGCAUGAGUUGUUUAUUUAGCAUUUGAUUUUCAAUUUGCAUAUCUCAACUUUUUUUUUUUGGCUUUCAAAGAGUUUUUUCUUGUAAUGUUUAUGGCCUCUACAGUAUCAAUUUUGUAAACAGCAUCCUUGUCUACCGGUUAAUACAAGAAAAGCAGCUUUUUAUCUU